AUGGCCCAAGCUUGGGCGGCUUCUAUGACCCCCUCCGACAGGAACAAGCGCUGGAGCGAUGCCGGAUUUAAGCCAUCCGACUGCAACGGUUUCACCCCCUUGCCUCAGCCGGACUUCAGAGGCAAGCACGGUAUCGUCUUCCAGGAUGCCUGCUGGAGCCUGCUGGAAGCCGUGUUGGACCUAGCCCAGCUGUCGCUCCGACGCUUGUUCGACGUCUGCAACUCGCUUCCCGUUUCGCAAAAGUGUCGCGCUCCUACCUGGGGCCAUGGUUUUGGCGGAGCCAUCGUCGUCGACAAGAUUCAUCACUUCCCAUGGGAAGGUCGGCACGAGCUUUCGGAAUCGACACUGGCCAAACCACACCCGGUCUUCCGCAGAAACCCCUACCAGGUCCCGGGAGUCGACCGCCUCCUUGAUGAGGACCCACAGCAACCGCCGGCGGCGACGCAACUUGCUCGACCGCCGCGAGCUUUGGCGCUGGAUUGUUUCGCAUUACUGGCCGAGGAGCUGUGCGCAGCCAUCGCCAUGCUCCUUCCCACCGCAGAUGUCCUUCGUGCCUGCCUGGCGUCGCGAGCAUUCUGA